ACGCCAUCGCAUUGCGACGCUCUUGCUCAUUCGUUCGCUCGUCGUUCGUCUGGUGCUCCGCGCUUUGGACUUAUACGUUUUUCGUGCUUCUUCGCAUUUUGGAUACACACACCUUCAACAUGCCGGCCGAUAGGGUGCCCAGCAAAGCAAGUGAACUCCGACGGAGCACAAAGCCCAUCAUGGAAAAGCGACGAAGGGCAAGAAUCAAUCACAGCCUUACAGAGCUGAAGAAUCUCAUCUUGGAUGCCCUUAAGAAAGAUAAUGCCCGACACUCAAAGUUGGAAAAGGCCGACAUCCUUGAGAUGACCGUCAAGCACCUGCAGACACUGCAGCGUCAGCAGCGUGCCAGGGCCAUCGUCUCGGACGUCGGCGUUCCCGACAAGUUCCGCGCUGGCUUUCGCGAAUGCGCUAACGAAGUGGGACGUUACCUGAGCCGCGUCGACGGCGUCGACCAGACUGUCCGCCAACGGCUUCUGGGCCACCUCACGUCCUGCGUGGGCAGCCUGUCUUCACCACCGCCCAGCCCCAUCGAAGACGGCAACCCACGCUUUUUCAACGGUGUUCCCCUCCUGCCCACCAGGCUACCUACUGGAGAGAUCGCCUUCCUUCUGCCAGCAUCGCAACAGGCUCAGUUGUCUGUCUACACCGCACCGCCGUCGCCACCAAUGAACGAUCUCGGUUCUUCUGGUAUCCUCAGCCCUGCCGCCAGUGACAGGUCGUCUAUUGGAUCUCCGAGCCCAGUCUCCUUCGUCCAGUCGCCUCCACCAGCCAUGAAAGUUGCCCCAUGUGCCUUUGUGCAACCGCCUCAGCAAAUGGUCAAGGUUGAAGAUGAAGCAGUGUGGAGACCCUGGUGAACGGUGGACUUACUCCAGCCUGAUUAACAUUUAUAAGAACGUGGCGAAGUACACCACUGAAGGGCCAUGUCGUCCCUUACACGACCCCUCGCCUUCGGAGGAGUCUUCUAGUGCCUGGACAGCCACGAAGACCUGUGGUUGUCAUCCUGGUCAGCCGUGAUCUCAAGAACCACCGUGCCUUGUCAACAGCAAUCGAGGACUUAAGAUCUCAAGAGACAGCAACGCUUUUUGGCGUCUUCCUGGAGAAGAACCACGUCUUUGCUAUGUCAGAGGUCCUUUGAUUUGUUUGUACAACUUUUAUCUGCCUUACACCACCACGUUGCCUUGUAAGCUGUCGCUAUUCGCGAGUUUAUCUGUGAUAUUUGUAUUCGCUCCACUGCACAGUGGUGCACCUGUGACCAUAUUUAUAUAUUUAUGGAGUUUAUCCUGAGAUGAGAUGAAAAAAACAAAAAAUGAUACGCUUUGAGGGAGUUCCUCAUAGCAAAAUAAAAGAUAUACUGAGAAUUGCAA